ACAGGAGGAAGGGGAGGGGGGCGAUGAAGUUUGCACAAGAAGAAGCAACUGCGGUUGGCCUGGCGCUGGCGACCGGCCUGCUGUAUGCUGGCGGAGCCGCUGCGCCGUGGAUGGUCCGUACUAAGGCUGGGCGUGGUGCUGGCGCUGGUCGGCUGGCGCUGGCCAAUGCCGCUGCCGCUGGGGCCAUGCUUACCCUCUCGCUCGCACACAUGUGGCCGGAGGGUCUGGAACUGCUGACAGACGGCGACGACUCGCCACGGUGGGCCGCACUUCUCGGUGGCGGGCUACUGGUGGUCGGCGCGCUCAUCAUGAUGGUCGCCGACCUCAUCGGUCACAUUGGUCACGACCACUCAAAAUGCCCUGCGGCAACCGCGGCAGCGGCAGCUGCAGGCCCGGUGUCCGCGCCGCUUGUCGGUGAGGCUUCACCGCUGCGCUUCAGCCCGACGAUCAACACCCUUGAUCUUGAGAACGGAAGGGCGGACGAGCCAAAGACUGAGAGUGUGCCACAGCGGAAGCGAUCGCCUCGGGCGACGCUCUACGCCGGAACCGUCGGAGUGUGCCUCCACGCCAUUCCAGCAGGCGUUUCGCUGUAUGUGCUUGCGCUGCGGGCGCUUGCGCCAGCACUGCUGCUGGCGGGCGCGAUUGCGGCGCACACGGGGGUUGUCGGCUUUUCAACCACCCUCCCGCUAGCAAUGGCGCACUCCAAGGUGACGACUGCCGACGUGCUUCUCGUCGGCGUGUCGGCUUUGUCCAACGCCAUCGGGGUCUUGCUCGGCAUUCUGCUCCCGGCACGACUUGUGCGCAACACUGUGUUCCAGGGCUCGGUCCUCACCACCGCCGCAGGCGUCCUCUCCGCCAUGGCCAUCACACAUCUGCUCCCAGACAUGGUCCAUGUGGCGCCGCCGUCGUCGUCGCGCUUCCCGACCUCGUUCCGGGUUCUUCUCGCCGCCGCUAUCGCCACGGCGCUGAUUCUCGCUGCCUUUGAUCCAUAGCCAAUGACAAUGUAUGUGGCCAAACUG